AUGAGGUCCAAGAAUUUAAAACACUUUUCAAAAGACACAAUCAUGGUAUGUUGUGACCUUGCUAUCAUCUAGCUGGAGGAGUUCUCUGGAACAAAACUCAGUAUCAAAACAAGCAGCAACCAAAAUAAACCUUCUCCAAAACAUAGAUCAUAUUUCAGACUAAGGCACCCAAGUACGCAGUUAUAAUCGAAAACAUGACGCCUGCAACAGCGAUUCCAACUCUGGUAAACGUGGUCGUGGGCAAAAACGAGAUGGUCUCCAUAAGGAAUCUCCUGGUGUUCAUAAACAACACACUGGACUGCGAGUUGCGGGGCAUGGACGACCUGAAAACUGGGGCAGUGUACUGCCAAAUCAUGCACAGACUCUUUCCCACGGCGAUGCCAAUCCACAAAGUCAAGUUUUACACGCACAAGCAGAGCGAAUUCGAGGCGAAUUUUCGACUGCUGCACAACUGCCUGAAGAAGCUGAAUGUAUCGCGGUUCAUGCCGGUGGAGGAGUUGAUUGUGGGCCGCAAUCACGUCGACUUCUGCAACUGGAUGUACAAGUUCUUCAAGUUCAACGACAAUGGGUGCGAGUACGAUGCGAAAAAGGUGAGGAAGGACUCGCCCAUUGGGCUGAGCAGGAGCCUCGAGAUCGCCGCCUUCUCCACUGGGAACUUGAGUGCCAUGUACAAGUGCCAGUCGAUGAACUUUAACUACGCCAAGGAUCCCUUCCGACUGACCAGGCGGCAUAGUCUGGAUAGCCGGCGAUUAAAUAGCACUGCGCUGGAAAGGGAAAUCAAGCCUCCGACCAGGAAAACAGCGCCACCAAAGAAGACGACAAAGGCCAAUGAGUACCUCGCGGAGAGCAGGAACGUUUCCCUGCCCCCGGAUAGCGAAGACGAGCUGGAAAUAUGCGGAAAUCCCUCUUAUCUGCAAAGGCAGCUCACGGAAAAGCUCAAGUCGGAGAAGAAGAAUAUGACCGGCUUAACGUACUCCAUUGAGCCGUCUAACUCUACGACGAAAUGUCUAAAGCCUCAGGAAUUUACUUCCUGGAAGGCUCUUAGCGAAAAGGUCGUCCAACUUACAAAUGACCUGCAGGCCAAGGACGAGACCAUCGGAAAUCUGAACUGCGAGGUGCGUUGCCUCACAACAGACCAAUUAAUGCUGGCCGGGAAGGUGCGGAGCGUGGAGCAAACACUGAUCAACUACGGCAACAAUCCGGUGUGUGCUGUGCAGCAGCUAAAGGAGAUCCUGUUCAACAGUUCCCAGGUGGCUGCCGUGCGUCCGCGCACGCGUCCUGGAGGAGCCAACCACGAGGAUCAGCCAAGCUGCUCCAAUUAUCAGUCAGCCAGGGAAAGGCCAGCCAAGCAAACAAUGCCCCCGCGUCAUAGCAGGGAACUCAAGCCAUGCAUCGAGUUUUCACCCAAGGAGGGCGGGGUCUUGGAAACAAAGGAGCUAAAUUCACUGGAGUCCUUGCAUGAAGAUGCGGUCGAAAGCCAUAGAGGCUAUCCUAGGAGCUGCGAUGGUUUUUGCACCUGCCAUUGCUGCCAGCCCAGGGAAAGGUGUGAGCACAGAGAAAAGCAAUGUUGCCGCAGGCACAGGCGAAGUUCCGUUGGAUCCCUGAGCAGAGAUCAGGAUCACAAGCACAGACACGAAGUAUGCUCUUCCAGAACAAGAAGUCCGGAGUGCAAGCAUAGGCACCACUCGAGAGAUGGCCACCAUCGACAUCGCCACCACUCAGAGGACUCGGAACAAGACAGAAGGCAUUUGGGUUACAAGCAACCAUGUGGAAAGCACUGCAAGCAUACCAAGGCCAUGCGAGUUUGCAUCUCGAACUGGAAGAAGAACGACGACUCUGAUUCCACAAGUUCCACCGUGGGAGACACAAACUGUUCCAAGUUGCUCAACCAAAAUAACGCCUGAAGAAAAGAGAAAAAAUAAGAUACUUUCCGAAUAACGCAUCAAGAAAAUCGAAAAGAUACUUUUAAACCAUAAAAUAAGAAAAGAAUGAGACACUUUUAAAUGAAUCGGAUGAGGUUCGCGGUUUGCUAUGAAUAAUUUUUUCAGAAUUGUUUUAUUUUAAUUGUUCCUGGAUUAGAAAGAUGCAGUUGGAUAAAACGUAUAAAAUCUGCUAUACCGACAAACAACAAAAAAAGUAGCUCCAAAUUUAUGUUCCCCAUUUUGCCAUCUCAAUAACUUUGUUUUUGCUUAUUCCAAAUUAAAACUUUCCAAUAAAAUAAUUUUGGUAAACAAA